AUGGGGAAGAAAAGACCAAAAGAAUACAGUUACAUAAAAAGCACUCACUCACUCACUCACUCACACUCUCUCUCUCUCUCUCUCUCUCUAUCUAUCUAUCUAUCUAUCUAUCUAUAUCAUUUUCAUAAUUUCUUCCUUAAAACAUUCGUGCUUUUUUCCGAUCAUUGUUCAUGGCUCAGCAGCCAUUUGAAAUUCACUUUAUCCAAAUAUAACGCACUUACUCUCUCCCCUCUCUGUCCUUCACACACAUCUAUCUAUCUAUCUAUCUAUCUAUCUAUCUAUCUAUCUAUCUAUCUAUCUAUCUAUCUAUGUUAUCCUCUUCCUAUCUAUCUAUCUACCUAUCUAUCUAUUCUAUACUAUCCUCUUAAUAUCUAUCUAUCUAUCUAUCUAUCUAUCUAUCUAUCUAAUCCACAAGAUAUAAGGCACAUACUAUCUCCCCUUUUUAUCCUUCGCACACAUCUCUCUCUAUCUGUCUAUGUAUCCAUUCGACAAGAUAUAAGACACAUAAUCUCUCCCCUCUUUAUCCUUCACACAUCUCUCUCUCUCUGUCUCUCUGUCUCUCUGUCUGUCUCUCUCUCUCUCUCUCUGUCUCUCUCUGUCUCUCUCUGUCUCUCAUAUGAACUCUCCCUCUUUAUCUAUCUAUCUAUCUAUCUAUCUAUCUAUCUAUCUAUCUAUCUAUCUAUCUAUCUAAUUAACAACAUAUAA